UUCCGCGCUCCGUAAGCAAAGGGAGGAGAAGCAAAUAUGGCGGACCCCAAAGCCUCGGAGAACGGGCUGAAAAGGGGCGCAGAAAUCCCCGCCACGAUCGAGGAGGCCCUCGAUGACCUUGUUGUUGUGACCUUGAGGCAUGGAGACAAAGUGUUUAGGGGGGUUUUGCUGGAUUCCUCGAAAAGGGACUUGCCGUAUGGAGUGGCGGACGCCAGACUGCGGGUGAGCGGCGCUGCGAUCGUGGAAACGUGCGGAGGAGAGAACAGAGACCCGCAAGAUGGCAGCAAGGAAGGGGCCAAAGCCCCAGAGCUCAGCACGCUAAGUUUUCGAGCCAGCUACGGCCAGAACAUUCCCUCUCCUCCACCCAGAAGAAUCCUGAAAGCUAGGUCUACUCGAAGGAAUAUUUCUAGCAAUAGAAACAUCAUAGAGAGAAGUAACAUCAAGUUGAGGCCACGCCAAAUUCUGUGUUCAAAGUGCAAAGAGUGCGUGAAAGAUGAGGACUCCUCAAAGGUGGUGACAUCCAAAACUACCCAGAACACACAGAGAGCCAAGCUGGCAAAGCUUGAGAACAGUAGAAAGAGGAAGGACAUUUCCCCAGCAGCCAGGAAAUCUGCGAAGAAGUUGAAGAAGCAGGAUAAUUUUGAGACAAGAGGGGUAAAGACCAGUCCUCUCAUCAAGAUUUCCUAUGCCACCCCGCAGGGGAAGGGGAAAGUUCUGAAGAUUCCGCCCAAAGUGACCAGCACGUACAGGUACGACAACACUGCCCAUGACAACAGGUCCCACAGACUCAGUAAGUCCGAACGUGACAAGGCAAAGAAGGUGCUCAAAAAGGCGAAAGAGAGAGCUCAGGGCAAGGCCACAGGAGCACUGGCCAUGUCACCCCAGCAUCGCAUGAUACAGGGCACCGCAAAUGGUCGUCCUGGCUUCCGACUGAAGCGAGCCGCCAUCAUCCCCCAUGGAACUACUGCGCAGACUCCCCCCCUAACCACCUCCAUGGACAGUUUGGACAGAAACAGUGCUGCUUCAGAAGACAGGCCUGCAACAGACAGGCAUGGGCAACAUGGCCGACAGGCCUCUGUGGGUGGUGCUUAUGCAAAUGGCCCCCAUUCGGACAUUGCACACUCCAACGGUGGAAAGAGUAAGAGGGACAAGGACAAGAAGAAGAAGAAAGGUGGUCUGUCCGUCGUGCUGAAGAAUUUUAAUUCUCAAUGGACUCAAUCACUAGACACGGCAUCGAUCAACAGCAUGCGUACCGCCAGCUCCCAGUCUUCAGAUGCAUGGUCAGAAACGUCUGCUCCUUCUAACAGUUAUGACUUUGCUCCGGAGCAAGAGGACACAGAGAGCAGGAAUGGUCCAAAGAUAGUGCCACCCCUUAAGGUUCAUCUUCACACCAAGAACGUCACGAAAACGAUGACGGCACAAGGGCGAACAGUUUGCCUAGGGGACAUAGUGUGGGGUAAGAUCCAUGGCUUCCCAUGGUGGCCAGGACGUGUCAUGUCUAUCACUGUCAGUAGGGCAGAGAAUGGGGAGAUCGUACGGCAGGAUGCACACGUGGAGUGGUUCGCAUCUUCCACCACCUCGCACAUCGCAUGUUCUACGCUGUCGCCCUACCUGGAGGACUUCAAGCAGCGGUUCAAUAAGAAAAAGAGGGGGCCGUACCGGAGGGCAGUCAAAAUUGCAAGUGAAGCGUGUCAGAAGCAGACAUCCGAGUUGCGAGCCCUGUACACACAAUUCGAGACAAACUCUCAUGUGGCGUAGACACAGAGUGAUAAGCCGCCCUCAAUGCUGGCUAAGAUGGAGUGGGAAGAAGUGCCUCCUCUCCCUCUGUGGUACAGUCAGCAAGAUUGGCUGCUUUCAUGUAGCACUAGGAGGGUUCAAACCAUCUUUUGCUGUGCAUGGUGUCUCAUGGCACUUUGAUGAUAAAAAGAGUGGCUAC